UUUUGAUAUGUGAAUGUAGACUUUUGACAUUGACAUAUUGAUAGUGGAAAAUAUAUUUGUCAAUUUUUAAUUUUACAAUUUUUAGCAAAAAUAUAAAAGAAAGAUCCAUUUUUAAAACACAAAAACUACAAUAUAUUAAAAAUUAUGGCUUCAUCUUCAUUAGAAAAUCUAGAAACACAACUGGAAAUGUUUAUAGAAAAUGUGCGUCAAAUCCAUAUUAUUGUUAGCGAUUUUCAACCUCAAAGCCAAAAUGUCCUGAAUCAAAAACUACAAGCUUUGGUCCAUGGUUUACAAGAAGUUGACAAAUUAAAAUCUCAGGUCCAAGAUGUACAUGUACCCUUGGAAGUUUUUGAUUAUAUCGACCAAGGGCGCAACCCACAGUUGUACACCAAAGAUUGUAUAGAGAAAGCUUUGGCCAAAAAUGAACAAGUUAAAGGAAAAAUAGAUGCUUACAGAAAAUUCAAAGCUAACAUGUUAGUUGAGCUAAGUAGGACAUUUCCCAAUGAAUUGAGCAAAUAUAGGGCUUUGCGUGCAGAUGAAUAAUUGACAGUUUUUAAUCACAAUAAAAGAGAAUCUAAGUACACUAUUGAAUUAAUAGGUACUGCAUAUAAUUUAAUAUUAAUAAUAGACUUUUAAGAAUGUAUUAAUUAAAAUGUGUUUUAUUGAUUGUUAUGCAUGUGUCUUAACAUGUUAUUGUAUUAUGAAAUCAUUGAAAAUCCUGUUUUUAAAAUAACUGCAUUGUUCAUAUUCCAAAGGACACCAGAAGGUUAAUAAGAAAAGAAAUAGGAUAUCUGUCCAUUCACUAAUUUAAAAUUUACAAGAUUGAUCUAAAUGAGAAUAAAAACUGUCCUUUUAUAAAAGAUAAUUUUUGUGGUUUUGACAAUUUAUUAUUUCAUCAGGAUAUUGUAUUUUCAUAUAUUAAGCAUUAUGUACAAUGUACAGAAUUUUUGUAGCUAAGUAUAAAGAAUGAUUUUAUACAUUUUUUAAAUGAUUUUGUAUGUGGUCU